AUGGCGGACGCAAUUCUUUUUAAUCUUGCAAGCAAAAUCAUAGAGGUCUUGGGCACUCUCCUUGUCCAAGAGAUCGGACUAGCAUCAGGAGCAAAAAAGGAACUGAGUAAGCUCAAAGACUCUUUAUCCACAAUCAAUGCCAUAUUAUUGGACGCAGACACGAAGGGUGCCACGAGUCAUAGGGUCAAAAAUUGGUUGGGAAGGCUUAAAGAUGUAGUUUAUGAUGCUGAAGAUUUGGUGGAUGAAUUGGCAACAGAAGCCUUGCGACAGAAAAUGGAGCUUCCAAACAACAUGGUAGCAAAACAGGUACGCAGAUACUUUUCAAGUUCAAAUCCACUUGUGCUUAGUUCGAGAAUGGGUCAUAAAAUAAAGGAUAUUAAGGAGAGGUUAGAUCAUAUCAGAAUGGAUGUUGUGUUUGCUGGAUUUCAAUUUACAAAUCAAUGGGUGGAUGGGGGAGACAUCAAUGAUGAUGAUAGGAGGUCUGGUACCGACCCUUCUGUAAUUGAAUCUGAGGUCUUGGGUAGAGAUAAGGAAAAAGAUGAUGUAGUAAACUUGUUAACUUCUUCAUCAUCAUCAUCAUCAGGUGGCAGUAUUAAUGAAGUACUGAUGAAAGUGAUGGUGAUUCCCAUAAUUGGGAUUGGGGGUUUAGGGAAGACAACAUUUGCUCAGUAUGUUUAUACCGAUCAAAGAGUGAAGACUCAUUUUGAGUUGAGAAUGUGGGUGUCUGUCUCAUUUGAAUUUGAUGUUGACCAUCUUGCUAAGAAAAUUUUAGAAUCCCUACCUAAUGAUGAUAACUCUGGUGGUUUACCGGUCGGGGAAAUUGAUUCAAAGUCAAAACUCAUAGAAAAAACCGGGGAAAUUGAUGCAAAGUCAAAAGUCAUAGAAAAACCAGGGGAAAUUGAUGCAAAGACAAAACUCGUGCAAAAAUUAUCUGGAAAGCGAUACUUGCUUGUCCUAGAUGAUGUCUGGAACGAAAAUAAUCCUGGUAAAUGGGAGAGUUUAAGAGAACUGUUAGUAGGAGGGGCAUGGGGAAGUAUGAUCUUGGUAACCACCCGUAGUGAAAAGGUUGCAUCAAUCAUGCAACCGAGUAAAUCAUUAUUUUACCAUUUGCAAGGGUUAAAUGAUAAUGUUUGUGAAUCAUUAUUCAAUGAGCGGGCAUUUGGGAAAGAAAACAACGAAGCAGCAGCAAACAAUCAUCCUAAGCUAGUGAAGAUUGGGAAGGAUAUAGUGAAAAAGUGUGGAGGAGUGCCUUUGGCUGCAAAGGCACUCGGAAGUUUGUUGUGCCAUACAAGAGACGAAAAGGAAUGGCUGGAUGUCCUAGAGACAGAAAUUUGGAAGCUAUGUGAACGCGAAAGCGAACCCGAACGAAAAAUCCUACCUGCUCUAAGGAUAAGCUACGACCAUUUGCCAUCCCAUUUGAAGCAAUGCUUUGCCUAUUGCUCUAUUUUCCCAGAAGAUCAUCAAAUAGAUGUUGAUGAUUUGAUCCAUCAAUGGAUGGCACAUGGGUUCAUCCAACCACCACCACCAACUAGAGGAGGAGGAGGAAGUCACUCUACAUUAGAAGACAUUGGGAAUAGGUAUUUCACGGAAUUGCUAUGGAGAUCAUUCUUCCAAGAGCUAAGAUAA